UAUAAGUUUACCAAACUUAAAUAAUUUAAACAUCCUCUGAAAUGCAGUAGAAAUUAUGAUUAGCCAUAACAACUACAGUAUGUUUGUUUGUUUAAUUUUUUCAGUGAUGUUCCAUUUGUGGAAUGAAUGUGUGCGUGUGUGUGUGUGUGUGUGUGUGUAUGGUACAGAAAGAAAGGAAACAUAUCUGCAUACUACGUUAGAAAGUAAUGUUAGCUACUUUACCAAAUUCCUCAAAUUUGACUGACUGAACACAGUAUGUAAAAAAUUAUUUUUUUAGUCCAUUGCUGGUAUUCUUUGUUGAUGGUGACUCUAUUCCACAUGGAGAUACAGGGAACCAAUCUCCUUCCUUCUGUGGCUGUGUAAUCCCCUGCAACCUUGAAGUCCUCUGCAUCUAGCUUUAGGAUGAGGAAAGUGAAGGUGGAGGAUAUAGCCUUCUUGACUGCCUUGGCCUGGACCUGACACAUCUCUUUUGCUCCCAUUCCAUGAAGAAGAACUAGUGACAUGGUGGCCCAUAGCUGCAGAGAGGAGGUUGAGAAAUGUAGCCUCUGGAUAAGAAGCCGCUUCCCAGUGGUUACUGUACAUUGUGGGAGAGAAGUUUGAAUUUUGGUGGACAGUGAGAACCAUCCUCCACACAAUAUGAAAAGACAUCUUCUCAACCUUGGCAUUGUAGUAUCCUGUGAUUUAAGUAUGUGAAUAAUUAUCAGUAAAGGUCAGUGAAAAAUUAGGUCAUCUUUCCCUUCCACUUUUAAUUCUGUAGUUUAAUUUGCUUACCUGCUACAUAUUAUAUAAAGGAAUAAGAUUAUCUACAAACAUAUAUAUAAAUUUAUAUUGUAUACUAAGGAGAAAAAUGACAAAGAAGAAUUAAGUUAGUUGCCCAAAUCCACACAAUACCACCAAAAGAAAGGCUAGGAACCAUACCUUCUAACUCUAGGUCUAUACUUCUUUAGUGCACUAAAUUUUUUCCCAAUAUAGCCCUUAGGAGACUGGUGUUUAACAGGAGACUAUUAAGCCAAAAGCCCAUUUUGCUUGUCUCUAUACGGAUAGUACGUCAACUUCCAGGAUGUGGAACUGCUGAUUUUCUGUGAUGACAGAGAAAAUACUUACUUGACUUCUGGGUAACUCUGAGGUUUGGAGAUCUUGAACAGCCUCAUGUUCCUGAACUUCUUUAUCAUACAUGAAUUCCUUCUUAGGAAGAAACAUUUCUUCUGUAGAAUUUGCUUUUGUGUUUCAUUUUUAUUUUCUAAGACACUGGUAGUUGGAAAUUCAGGAAGAAUUUGACUCCAAAAAACAUUUAUUGGAAAGAAUUUCUAAUCUUGCCUGCUAGGUCCUGCAAGGGGAAAAAAAAUACAUGGUCUCUGCCCUCAAGGGCCUCAAAAUACAGGUGAGGGAAAAUUAGACCCGGAAAUAGUAUAUGAUUAGGAGCAAAAUGGUAGCAGAGAAAUGAGAGUUUAGAGAAAGGAGAGAUAAUUGUAAGUCACCUUGGGAAGAGAACGUUUCAUAGAGAAAAUGGCCCCCGCACUGAUUUGGGGAAGAUGAUUCAGAUUUGCCUCAAUGACACGAGGAGCAGGGUCCAGUUGGGAAAGGACAUCGUCGUGGAAAUGAUACCAUAAGCAAAAACUUAUAAGUACUGCUGCUUCACGUCUGCCACUCUGCCUGUUUCUGCAGCACUAAGAUGAGUGAGUUCCCCACACAAACCCUGAGCUUUCUCCCCCUCCUCUGCCUUCUCUGGGGCUCCUCUUUCCACACCUUAUCUGGUCACUUAUCUCAUCCCAGACAUCCCCAUAUGCCUGGUUGACUUGCUCUUCCACCUUUUUAACUGACAUGACCAGGCAUCCCCUCUUCCAGGAAACUUCCCUCACACCAGACUGAGUCUCCCAGGCUUCUGUGUUACUGCAUCUGCCAUUUUGAUUUAAGGUUUUCUGCUCAUUCCAACUCAACAGUGAGCUCUUUGAGGACAGACGUUAUGUCUUAUUCAUUUUUCUUGUUAUGCUCUAAAAAAUGGAUUGUGGUAAUAUAUAAGUAACACACAGUUUACAAUCUUGACUUCUUUGUCAAGAUGGUAUUAAGUACGUUCACAUUGUUGUGCAACCGUUAUCACCAUUCAUCUCCAGAACUUUUGCAUCAUCCCAGGCGAACGCUGUACCCAUUAAACAGCAGCUCUCCGGACGCACAGAGUGGUGCACAUAGGAUCCGAGGGCUGGGGCUGGGUUUAGUAGGAGAACUGGGGGCCGGGGCCACCUGUAGAUGCCCAUCUGCCAGCUUCUCUUGCUCUGUCGAUUAGGAGGAGCAGUGGUGACCUCGGCCUCCAGUGUCUCCGGCAAAGUGAAGUGCGGCAGCCAGGAUGAUGUUGCUGGGCUUGCUGUAGGUGGGCGGGUCGGUGCUGGGUCAGGCAAUGGAGAAGGUGACAGGCGGCAAACUCCUGUCCAUGCUGCUGAUCACCUGUGCCUUCACCCUCAGCUUGGUCUACCUGUUCCAUCUCGCCGCUGGCCACCUGGUCCAGCUGCCAGUAGGGGCGAAAAGUCUUCCAUACAUUUUCUCCCUGAUUCCAUUCCUUGGGCAUUCGAUAACAUUUGGGAAAAGUCCAACGGAAUUUCUAGAAAAUGCAUAUGAGAAGUAUGAACCUGUAUUUAGUUUUACCGUGGUAGGCAAAACGUUUACUUACCUUCUGGGAAGUGAUGCCUCUGCACUGCUUUUUAAUAGUAAAAAUGAAGACCUGAAUGCAGAUGUCUGUGGUCGCCUGACAACACCUGUGUUUGGGAAGGGAGUUGCAUAUGAUGUACCUAAUCCAGUUUUCUUGGAGCAGAAGAAAAUGUUUAAAAGUGGCCUUAACAUAGCCCACUUUAAACAGCAUGUUUCUAUAAUUGAAAAAGAAAUGAAGGAAUACUUUCAGAGUUGGGGAGAAAGUGGAGAAAAAAAUGUGUUUGAAGCUCUUUCUGAGCGCAUACUUUUAACAGCUAGCCAUUGUUUGCAUGGAAAGGAAAUCAGAAGUCAGCUCAAUGAAGAGGUGGCGCAGCUAUAUGUGGAUUUGGAUGGAGGUUUCAGCUGUGCAGCCUGGCUGUUACCAGGUUGGCUGCCUUUGCCUAGUUUCAAACACAGGGACAGAGCUCAUCAGGAAAUGAAGAAUAUUUUCUAUAAGGUAAUCCAGAAAUGCAGACAGUCUGAAGAAAAAAUUGAUGACAUUUUCCAAACUUUACUAGAUUCUACAUACAAGGAUGGGUGUCCUUUAACUGAUGAUGAAGUAGCAGGGAUGCUUAUUGGACCGCUCUUGGCAGUGCAGUGUACAUCCUCAACCACUAGUGCUGGGAUGGGCUUCUUUUUGGCCAAAGACAGAACACUUCAAGCAAAAUGUUACUUAGAACAGAAAACAGUCUGUGGAGAGGAUCUGCCUCCUUUAACUUGUGACCAGCUCAAGGAUCUAAACUUACUUGAUGGCUGUAUAAAAGAAACAUUAAGACUUAGACCUCCUAAAAUGACCAUGAUGAGAAUGGCUAAAACUCCUCAGACUGUGGCAGGGUGUACCAUUCCUCCAGGACAUCAGGUGUGUGUUUCUCCCACCGUUAAUCAAAGACUUAAGGACUCAUGGGUAGAACGUCUGGACUUUAAUCCUGAUUGCUACUUACAGGAUAACCCAGUAUCAGGAGAAAAGUUUGCCUAUGUGCUUGGAGCUGGGUGUCAUCGUUUUAUUAGGGGAAAUUUUGCCUAUGUUCAAAUUAAGACAAUUUGGUCCACUAUGCUUCAUUUAUAUGAAUUUGAUCUCAUUGAUGGAUACUUUCCCACUGUGAAUUAUACGACUAUGAUUCACACCCCUGAAAACCCAGUUAUCUGUUACAAACGAAGAUCAAAAUGAAAAAGGCUACAGGGAACUAAUAUAUGUGAUUAUCACUGUAAGCCACAAAACCACUGGAAGAGAAUGAAGUGUACAAAACAAUUCUUGUGGUGUACUGUGUUUUUGAGUAAUUAUAACAGUCAAUUUAACUUAUCAUUUAGUAUUUUGUUAACUGAAUGGUUCUAUCAAAUGUAAUAGCAUUUGAAACAUUUUCUAAUAGUAAUAAAACUUAUACAUGUGUGCUUUCAGGAAGUUUAUUAGCAAAACAAUUGUUUGGGGGGAUCUAGGGAAUUGGCAGAUUCUAAAUAAUAUAAUUUUCAGGUAGUAAUUUUAAGAGUACACGUAGCUCUCGGCAAAUAAGUUUGGGGUAUUCAAAUCUUAGACUAAUCCUGCAAGGCAUAAAGAAUGAAAAUUCCAGUGAGAUACUUGGAAACCACAGGUUACUAUUUAUCUGGGCAAUUAUUGUGUGUGUGAGGAUGGAGGGGUAGGGAAUAAAUGAACAUAUAAAGUCUUGAAUAAGAGAAUACUAAUUGUUUUGGUAUGAUGAUAGAAAAGGAGAUGUUAUAGAAAAAAAUAUAUAUCCUUUGGGAUUUUAACUAAAAUCACUGCAUAUAGGAAAUUAAGAGAUGUAGGACCAUAUUGGAUAAGAUUUCCUAAAACUAAUGAAAUUAUUAAUGCUAAAGACUGCUCAUGUAUUUUGAUCUAAUCACUAAAUAUUACAUAUUUACCUAUCUGAUAAAAUAUGUAUCUAGUUCUACAAGGUCAUGUUUAUGUGGAAGUCCAAAGUCAAAUCCUUAGGGGAUAAUUUUAUUUCUCUUUGGCUCAGGUUGUUUCUGCUUCCUCUCUAGAAUCCAGUUAGGGAUGUUUGUUACUACUUAUGUUGAUUAAAACAGCUAACAAACUUUUUUCUUUUUAAAUAUAAAAUGUGAGAUCAGUGAACUCUGGCUUUAAGAUAAUCUGAAACAAGUUCCUUUGGAGUAAUUGGUCACUUUCUGUUAAGCACAUUCUGUUGAGGAAACAACUUAUCUCAAAUUGUAACUGGGAGCCUAAUUAUAUGAGGUGGCUGAAAAAAGACCACAUAGUCCGUUUUCACUAGAUGAUGCCAAAAUAUUUUCCCUUAUGUAUAUUACAACUCUUUUUUAAAGGCUGGAAGACUUAUGUUAAACUCUAAUUGUGAAGGCAGAAUCUCUGCUGAUAAUUUUUCACAUUAAAAUUCUCUUUGAAAAAAAAAAAA